AUGGUAAAAAGUCCGGUCAAAAGAGCUCACAAAAAAAUUGACGAGAUUAAAACCGAAAAAGUCAGUCUUGAUUUGAAAAAAUAUGAAAAAUUUCAGUUUUUCCAUCAAACUCUAUGGAGUGGAAUAAGCUCCGAUGAGCCUUUACGAUUGAGUAUCAGUGAUGUUUUCAAAGGAUUAACUUCUGGUGUUUGUAUUUGUGGUCGAAUUGAAUCUGGUGCUGUCCAAUUAGGUCAAAAAUUGAUCGUAAUGCCCUCGAGUGAACAAGCAAUUGUUAAAGCAAUUUCAAUUGAAGAUUGCCUCUUUAAUCAAGCAUUUGCUGGUGAUCAAGUAACUUUAACAUUGACAGGAUGUAGUGCAACUAAUAUUGCCUCGGGUGAUAUAUUAUGUGAUAUAUCUGUUCCAUCACCUGUUACAACUCGUUUCCAGGCCAAAGUCGUAGUUUUUGCUAAUGUUCAGAUUCCAUUAACAAGGGGUUUUCAAGUUGUGUUACAUUGUAAAAAUUUGCAAAAACAAGCGACAAUCAGUAAAUUGAUUUCACUAUUGGACAAAAGCACUGGACAAGUGACCAAAACAAAGCCUCGAUGUUUAGCAGCAAAUUCAAGUGGAAUCGUCGAAAUUAAACAUCCAAACCGAUUUCCAUUGAACUUUAUUCAGAAUACAAAGAUCUCGGACGAAUUAUGCUUCGGUAUCGAGGAGCUACUGUGGCCGCUGGUUUGGUUAUCGAUCGAUGAAAAAACAAUCAAUUUUGCCUCUUUGAACUUAACAACUGGUCAUUUUUUUCGCCAAUUGGUUGAUUGGUUAUUUUCAUAACAACAAAAGGUAACU